ACAUAACGCCCCCACAAUGCCCUUCGCCUUCCUCAACGUGGCCCCCGCUCCAAGCCCAUUUUCUGGAGCCAGGAAUCCACUCUGUGGGUUAGGAAAGGCCCUCAGGAGGCGGAGGGAAACCUGUGGAAUGCCGAGAAGCCGUGUAAUGAAAUAACGUCACGCCUGCCCCUCACCAUUACUCUGACCAGGGUUCGAAGGUCACACUUAGAGCCUAAGGGGAAAUGGAGAAGUGCAAAGGGACGAGCAGAAUGGCUGGCACCACCUCAGGUUAGCGCACUGGGACGUUCCAGUUCUCACACCGCCCAGCCCAGCCCAGCCCAGCCCAGCCCACCCCACCCAAGUCCCUACGCACAGAGCCAAGCCGCACCUCUCCCCUCAUGAGGCAGGAGCCCGGAGGAAACAGUAUACCCGUCAAGGGUCUCUGGCGGGACUGAUUCGCACUAGGGGCCCAACAGGCAAUAAGGACCCAGCGGAUUGGCCGAGGAUAGGCCAGUCCCCUGGGCAGCAGCGCCGCGCCGGGACUAGAGGGGAACGUGAGGAGAGCUGCGGAAAGGGAUCCAGCCUCGCUCCCUCCUUUCCCCGCCCUAAGUCAGCCUCUUCACCCAGAGAGCACAAAACUGUAUUGCCCAGACUCCCGGGCCCCAAACGCCAUACCUGGCUUCCGCUUCCGGUGGCUUCUCGUUGUGCCCCGCCCGCAAGCGCCCUCCUCUGGGGCUUCGUGACAGCCAGGUCGUGCGCGGGUCAUCCUGGGAUUGGUAGUUCGCUUUCUCUCAUUUAGCCAGUUUCUUUCUCUACCGGGGACUCCGUGUCCCGGCAUCCACCGCGGCACCUGACCCUUGGCGCUUGCGUGUUGCCCUCUUCCCCACCCUCCCUAAUUUCCACUCCCCCCACCCCACUUCGCCUGCCGCGGUCGGGUCCGCGGCCUGCGCUGUAGUGGUCGCCGCCGUUCCCUGGAAGUAGCAACUUCCCUACCCCACCCCAGUCCUGGUCCCCGUCCAGCCGGUGAGUCUGAAGUCGUCGCUGCUCCGAGUCCCUUGUCGCUGGGAGCGGCACAUGGGGUCUCCGGACUUUGAUGUGGGGGCGGGGGAGGAAGCGACCAGGUCCGGCACGAAGGAGGGAGAGGUGGCCUGAGGAGCGGAGGGGGGAUGUGUGGAUUCCGGUGAAAGGGACCUGACAAUCGCCCCCAACCCGUGAGAAAAGGAGGAGCCCGGUUCUUGCUUGAGAAUGAUAAACUUGGAAACCCUUGGGAAAGGCGUCGGGGUCAUGCAGAGACUUGCAUUGGUAGGGAGCCUGAGUCGAGGUCCCUGCCGGAGUUGACACAGAGGAGAGAGGGCCCUGGCCUUCGGGAGCUCCAGGGAUGUGGGUCGGGCUGCUGACGUGAAGAUGAGCAGCUCAGAGGAGGUGUCCUGGAUUUCCUGGUUCUGUGGGCUCCGUGGCAAUGAAUUCUUCUGUGAAGUGGAUGAAGACUACAUCCAGGACAAAUUUAAUCUUACUGGACUCAAUGAGCAGGUCCCUCACUAUCGACAAGCUCUAGACAUGAUCUUGGACCUGGAGCCUGAUGAAGAACUGGAAGACAACCCCAACCAGAGUGACCUGAUUGAGCAGGCAGCCGAGAUGCUUUAUGGAUUGAUCCACGCCCGCUACAUCCUUACCAACCGUGGCAUCGCCCAGAUGUUGGAGAAGUACCAGCAAGGAGACUUUGGUUACUGUCCUCGUGUGUACUGUGAGAACCAGCCAAUGCUUCCCAUUGGCCUUUCAGACAUCCCAGGUGAAGCCAUGGUGAAGCUCUACUGCCCCAAGUGCAUGGAUGUGUACACACCCAAGUCAUCAAGACACCAUCACACGGAUGGCGCCUACUUCGGCACUGGUUUCCCUCACAUGCUCUUCAUGGUGCAUCCCGAGUACCGGCCCAAGAGACCUGCCAACCAGUUUGUGCCCAGGCUCUACGGUUUCAAGAUCCAUCCGAUGGCCUACCAGCUGCAGCUCCAAGCCGCCAGCAACUUCAAGAGCCCAGUCAAGACGAUUCGCUGAUUCCCUCCCCCACCUGUCCUGCAGUCUUUGACUCUUCCUUUCUUUUUUGCCACCCUUUCAGGAACCCUGUAUGGUUUUUAGUUUAAAUUAAAGGAGUCGUUAUUGUGGUGGGAAUAUGAAAUAAAGUAGAAGAAAAGGCCA